AAUGAGGUUGCGGGCCCCGCCCUGCGUCGCGGGGUCGUGCAGUGACCUGAGUGCGCGUGCUCGAGAGAGGACGGGAUGUAUUUGGGGUGUGUGCGGUGGGCCGCCUGUGGAAGGGCGGCUUGGACGUGCGCCAGGGUUAGGCGCAACUACUGCAGCAUGGACGUGGAUAGUUCGAACUGUAAAGCAGAGAAACCAAAGAUUUACACCAAAACAGGAGACAAAGGGUUUUCCAGUACAUUCACUGGAGAGCGCAGGAGGAAGGAUGAUGAUGUAUUUGAAGCUUUGGGCAGUACGGAUGAAUUGACAUCUUCAAUCGGGCUAGCAAUGGAGUUCUGCUUGGACCAAGGCCAUGAGUUUGUAGAGGAACUUUAUAAGAUCCAGUGUGUGUUGCAAGACGUGGGAUCCAAUGUGGCAACUCCCAUUUCUUCUGCACGAGAGAGCCACCUCAAAAGGACAACAUUUAGUGAAAAGCCAGUAACUGAGCUGGAACAAUGGAUUGAUCGAUAUACAGAGCAACUUCCACCACUAACAAACUUCAUCUUGCCGUCAGGAGGAAAAAGCAGUGCAGCUCUGCACCUGGCUCGAUCAAUCUGUCGCAGGGCAGAGAGAAGCAUGAUCUCUAUUGUACGAGCAGGGGAAGCAGAUCGUAACGCUGCAAGAUAUCUCAACAGACUGAGUGACUACCUGUUCACAUUGGCACGAUACGCUGCCAUGAAAGAAGGCAGGAAGGAACAUAUUUACAGGAGGAGAAAUGAAGAUUAGCAGAGUUACUGACUCUUCUACAUAAGAGAAGGUGGGGAGACCUUCAUCUGCUGAUUGGAACAUAACUAUUUUUAUUAAAUUAUAAAUACAUUCUGUUUUGCAUAAGUGGCAAAGGUAUUUGGAGUUUUUAAAAAUAGUGUCUUGCUUUGUAUUUUGGAUGCCUGGAGAUUGGUGUUAUUUGGACUCUGAUAUUUUGUAUAUCCAUGUUUGUGGAAGGAUGGGUUUCAGUCACUUGUUACUUAGUGCAGCUGAUGGCAAAAGUGAUGUGCCUUUAAAUAAAAGCACUAAUCCUGGGAUUUUGGAUGGAAAGACACUUUUUAAUAGAAAGCUAGGCCAAAUCGAUCAUUAUGCAUAAAAUGAAUCCAUACUGGAUUAAACUUGUUUUCACUGGGUGCAUUGUAUAAGUUUGUAUCUAAACAGUUGUUUCCCCUUUUCUCUUCUGAAAGGUUUGCAAUUUAAAACUGAUUAAAAGUAGCUGUUUACUAUCAGUAUGGGGUCAGAACAGUAAGUUGAUCUCAGACUAAAGGAGGGGGAGAAGAAUAUCUUGUGCUCAGAAGUGAAUGAUUUUUCAUAUUACAUUAGAACUUACUGAUAUUGUUAGCUUUCAUCAUUUGUCAAUGGCCUUUGAGUAUUGACACUUUGGUACUCUGACUCCAGUCUCCACAUUCAGAGUACUUUUAUUGCAAUGUGACAAUUUUCAAUUUCCCUAACCAGUUUUGUGACCUGAGACACUGUAUUCAGUGCUUCAGUACUGUUCCAAAGUGGGAGUUAUUUUAAAAUGAGAUGUGACUCUUGAAUACUGAGUUGUGUUAAUUCUAAUCCGUAACUGUUAGGAGAAAUGGCUUUCUAUUAACAAUGUUUACAGAUCUUCCUUUUGAUAACGUAGGCUCAAUUUUGGAGCCUUUUAUCCAUUGACCUUUCUUUCCUUGUUCUUAACAUGUAACAAUGGCGAGGACACGGUGACCUAUUCCAGAUUUUUUUUGGCAAAUAAGGAUUAGGUAGUAAUGCAGGACUGAAGAACUUAAUUUCAUAACUUGAGAUGCUAUAUUAACAAUUAAUUUUAAAAUAUGGAUGCAUUACAAUGAUCUAACUUAGCACAACCUGAUUAGAAAUGGAUAAACAUUGGAUGCAUCAACUGAAUGUGGAUGGUGUGAGCAGAGCCUAGUUAACAUUUAAAUGAAAGCUCCAAUUUUGAGAAAAUCCUUCAUUUUGGGACAUUCAGAUCUUUAUUUUUACCUUUAAUUUUGGUUAUUUGUUUCAGCCCAUUAAAUUGCAAUCAGUGUUUGCUGGCUAAGCAACUCUUUUAGUCAGUUCAUUAUGAGAGUCUCCCUGCAAGGCUUUCAUUUUCUGAUUUGUGAUGUAUUUGAAAGUGAAUGAAUUAAAAUCAAGGGUUCUAAAUAAAAAUGCUAUUAAAUUUG